CAUCCUGCAAAAGGAUACAUUAAUGAAAUUCUUGUCCCUCACCAAAAAGGAAGGCCAGAAGUGAAGAUGACGAUGAAACUAGUAGUUCCAUCACCACCAUGUCCAACAUACGUAUGUAUACGCCAUGGCCACAAAACCCUCCCCUCCUCAACUACACUUCAAAUGCUCAAGUUCCACAGUUCACAGAGCUGCCCAAUUCUGGUGGUGUCAAGGCCUUGGACCUUCGUAUUGGUGAUGGGGAUACCCCCCUUGAUGGUGAUGUGGUUGC